UGAUCGCGGGUGAUUUCUUCUGUUUCAACUGCCUGAUCGCGGGUGAUUUCUUCUUCUGUUUCAACCGUCUGAUCGCGGGUGAUUUCUUCUGUAUCCACUGUCUGAUCACGGGUGAUUUCUUCUGUUUCAGUUGUCUGAUCACGGCUGAUUUGGACAGCUUGUGCAACCAAUGUCUCCAUUGCGGCUGUAGGAGAAGAAGUACUAUGGUCAGAGCCACCUGUGGGUGCUUGCGAAGGUGCUUGUGAUGGCGUUUGUGAUGGAGUCUCAGUUGCUGUCGCUGCAACGGGAGGACUGCUCGGUCUUCUUGUCGCCGUUGCGACGACUAAGGCAACUGGCGCUUGAACGACGUCAGCAUCUUCUUGUUCUUCCUCUUCGGCAGUUUCUUCCGGUCCUUCGGGGUCGACAUCGGGUGGAACCACUGAUUCCCCGGGAUUACCUGUGGGACUGCCAGUAGUUUCUGCCGCUGCGCCUGCUGUUGAUGGAGCACUCGUCUGGGAGGAUACGGUUGGAACACUGGUAGAAUUUGUAUUUGGAGGCAUACUGGGAGCUGUGGUAGUUGCUUCGAUGGAUUCACUACUCGUUUGCACACUUGGCGUGCCACUGGGAACAGUGCUGGGACCGGAUGAUGGAACCGUACUAGGGAUUUGACUAGGCGUAGUGGUGCUAGGAGUCUCACUGGGCCCAGUACUAGGAGACUCACUUGGUGCAGUGGAGGGAGCAAUGCUGGGGAGACCAGUGGAGGGUGUGGUUGUUGUGAGGUUCGAGCUUGGCUCUUGCGUUGGCAAAUCGAACACUACUUGGGCUUGUCGUUGCAUGUUGCCAUCAUCGUGCUCGUCAUUGUUGUCAAUUCUCUCGCCAUUUCUAAGCCAAAAACCAUGUGUCGGUUUGAAGGGGACCAAAAGGCUCAGCAAAGCGAUGGUCGCUACCCGUCGUUGAAAUCUUGUCAUUGUCUCGAUUGGCUCUUCGAAAGAACGCAAAAUUGACAAGUGCGAAAAGGUGUUGUACGGCCGUUACCUAUUGCUUCUUGCAGACAACCUACUCGUGAUGCCAAUUUUCCAAACAACGUCCCUAUCGAGAGGUAUCGGCAAAAAGAUGGAUGCGUUCGACAACAAAAUUUCGAAAUGAACGGAGGGACACGAUUUUUGGUUCCCACAAGCGCGUCAGCAGAAGCGUGCCGAGAUGUGCGCCGUCACUGAACUGCUGUCCUUGGAAUGGUCAACUUUGGGACGAAGCUACACAACAAUCGGUAUUUUGUGGUUCGGUACCGGUACAUGUACCGGUACGCUGUACCGGGUACCAGUAAUGGGGUGGGAAUUGCUGUCAGUACGCUGCACCUCUGUCACACAAGCUGUUCAAUUCCACCUUCCCUUGGAAGAACUUGCAAGGGUUGCUUGUUGGUCCAGUGAACAGAAAUAAAUGGGUACGGCACGGUAGCAUGAUUCUGCAAAGACCAACAGGAUCCGCCAGUCAGUCAGUCAGACACACGACUUUACGGAAAGUUAUCGUUUGUGGAGGCCAGUGCAUCUAGUAAUCUAAAUCAGCAAGCAAAACGUGGCUGAGCAACGAUGAUUGGUGUUGCUGGGUUACUAGCUGGGCCUACAAAAAAGAAUUGCAAACGUUUAGAAGUUCACACUCCUCACAACAAAAACACUGGCAGCCGCAGGCUUUUACAUUCCUUCUCAUGGGCAAAUUUGAGGACAUUGGCAGGUGCUGAGGGUCUAUCUCCACGCCCUGGACAGCCCUUUUCAUGGUACUGCAGAUUUUGACAAUUCCGUUUGGGCCCCCCAGCCAGCUUGGGUCUGUUUGCUUCAGACGCACACUUUUCUAGCAUCAAGAGGUUCGGCCACGAAGUUCUUCGAACGUCCAGCCGAAUUCGAAACGACCACAUCCAAAAAGAUACGAACCGAGCAAACACAAAAACAAGAACAAGAUAACAAGAUACUGCAUGUACCAGGUAUACCCAUCAACCACCCAGACACAAACCAAACUAGAUUUCCACCAUGACAACAGACUCGGAAUUGGACGAUUUAUCACGUCGGCUGCGGGAAGAAGCCCUGCAAGCCCUGGAAGAGGAACCCGAAUUGACCAUGCUAUUAAAGAAUACCGUUUUGGCCGAGGGUGUCAGGACCUUUGAAGAUGCCGUGGCGUGCACCAUCACCUACCGCAUGCUGCUGCAACCCUGUCACAAACAAGGGACUACUACUACUAGUAGUAGUAACAAACCGACCAUGUUUUGUCCCCAUUCACUGCAUGGAAUCCUCGCCGAUGCUCUCGCAUCGACCGAAAUUGGGAAAGCCGGUCAUACCAUGGCCGAAGCGGUCCGUCUGGAUGCGCUCGCCGUGUGCGAUCGGGAUCCCGCCGUUGAUUCCGUACUGGAAGUGAUUCUCUUUUUAAAGGGAUUUGCCGCCUUGGUGGCCCAUCGAGCGGCGCAUUACAAGUGGCAUUUGGCAUUGGCAACAAACAAUAAUGGCAAACGCAAAAAGAAAAAGAGCCUGGUGGCUCUCUGGCUGCAAUCGCAGGCGUCGGCCGUCUUUGGAUUGGAUAUCCAUCCCGCGGCCACCAUGGGGGCCGGGAUAUUGUUGGAUCAUGGAACUGGAAUUGUCAUUGGAGAAACGGCCACGGUUGGAGAUGGAUGUACCUUGUUGCACGGUGUCACAUUGGGAGGUACGGGCAAGGAUAUGGGAGAUCGUCAUCCCAAAGUUGGAGCCGAUGUCUUGAUUGGAGCCAAUGCCUCUUUGCUGGGGAAUAUUGUCAUUGGAGAUCGAGCCAAGAUUGGAGCUGGCAGUAUCGUAUUGGGGCCCAUCCCGUCCGGUGCCACGGCAGUCGGUGCUCCGGCCAAAAUUAUCGGACGAGUCAAGGAAUCCAAACCGGGAUCGACCGUCGACGAAAUGCUACAAAACGUAUCCCUGUUGCACAAGUCAGAAUCGAGUGGCACUGUGGCCACGGCCAGUUUGACGGGAUCCUCGUCGGUCACCAGUGAUCGUGGAUUGGAUAUUGAUCAUGAUGAGGAGAAUCAUCAAAUAAUUCCAGAGGAGAAUGGCGGGAAUGGCCAUGCCGACAAGAAAUCCACCAACAACAACAAUAGCAGCGACAGCAGCAAUGAAACGAACUCCGUCUGUCCGUUUCGAGAAUACGUCACCAUGGCUCGAUCGGCACCGCCCGGAAGUAUUACCAUUUGCGCCUUGCGACGACUACUGUACCCAGAAGGGUGUUCCAUGUUUGAAAUUGGCGGAGUGUUGAUGCAGUUGGAUACCAAAGAUGUGGGGUACUGCAAACCGCAAGUCUUUUUUGGAACCAGUGCAGGAGCCGAUGCCAUUGUCCAAAACACGCAAUUGACUAUGGAACGGGUCACCGUCAUCAUGGCCGAAUUCGAACUACAAUGGAAAACCGAACAGUCGCUGCUGAAAGAUCUCAAACACCCAAAGGCGCCGCCCGCCAAAAACAGUUUCGGCGCCAUGCUGAGUGUGGAUGCUUGAUUAGCGCCGCGCCAUGCCACGAACCAAAACGGAUCUUCUCAUCCUUCAUGCGAUCAGUACCACUCUACAACAACUAACCAAAGUCAACGUGUUGCACAAGUGAGUUGUACCAGCUAGCAGCAACGGAAAUAGCUUUCCUUGGUUUCAGUCAGUUACAUACAUGAUGUAGUUGAUUAUUAAUUUAGUUCUUCAUGAGC